AUGAACAAGAAAUACGCAUAUGUUCCGUUCUGCGCGGAUUUCGGCCCAAUGAACAUAGCUGCAGUGCACCACUACUGCAAGGUCUUCAAAGAUCACCUUUUGAGCAAAACGCUUUCGGGUAAGAAGAUCGUUUUUGCGGUUCCGGAUGCUCCUGGAGACAUCACCAAUGCCGUCUUCAUGCUUGGUUCCUUCCUCUGUCUUCACCUGAACGCUCGCCCCGACGUGGCCAUGCAGGUCUUCUCGGAGAUCAGCCAGAGACACCUGCGUCCAUAUCGCGAUGCAACUUGGACAAAGAGCACACACGACCUGUCUGUGAAGGACUGCUGGGAUGGGUUACUACGUGCGCGCAAGUGCGGCUUCUACAAGUUCUCAAGUUUCGACUCCGAGGAAUAUCUUUUUUACGACAACCCUCGCAAUGGCGAUCUGCACUUUAUUGUUCCGGACAAGUUCAUUGCUUUCAAAGGUCCUGUGUCUAAUUCUUGUAGGAACAGCUUAGCUCAUAGUCCUGAGGACUUUCUUGAUUUGUUUGCUGCCUUGGGAGUUGAAAAGAUUGUCAGACUCAACGAAGCUGAGUACGAUGCAAAGACCUUCGCUGACGCUGGAUUCCAACAUGUUGAUCUCAUUUUCAAUGAUUGUACAGUUCCUUCUCGCGAGAUUGUUCAUCGCUUCUUGUUGGAGUGCGAGGAAUCCAAGAAUGCGGUGGCUGUGCACUGCUUGGCAGGACUGGGCAGGACAGGGACGCUCAUAGCCUUGUACCUAAUGAAACAUUUUUUGUUCACUGCGAAGGAGGCGAUCGCAUGGCUGAGAGUGUGCAGGCCAGGUAGUGUGAUUGGAAUUCAACAACACUUCCUGCACGAGCAAGAGGCGAGGAUGCACCGACUGGGAAAGGGAAACGCAGGUGUAAUGUACAUAUGA